CUGUAGAAAAAUACAGACCGACAACAGUGAAGAAGACAGGCGUAAACAAAAUAUUUUUCUUCUCUAGGAAGGAUGUUAAAAAACUGUGUUUUGCCCGCUAAUUACAUUAGUAUUUCCUGCGGCGAAAUAAUCUACAAAAGCUUCGAUGAGUUUGUAUUUAACUGUAAUCUCUGCAAAAUCAAAGUUUUUGACUUUGAGGAUUUCGUAAGGCAUCUCAAAUGUGUCCACGAAGAUGAGCUUAACAGAAAGGAGUGUUCUGAUAAGGCUAGCCUCUCAUGCAAGGGGGAGGAGGACGAGUAUGAUGAUGAGGAUUAUAAGCAUAUUUUGAAAUCAAAUCGCGUUGCAAAUAAAAAUAACGAAGCUGGUACUGAAAAUUCCGAUUUUAACGAUGACAGCGACUUUGAACAUUGGAAGGAAGCAAAUGAUUCGGAAUAUGAACAGUCAGAGGCAGACAAGAGUAUAAUAAAGAAGCCAAGAAAACCAAAAGACUUUUCCUGUGAAAUCUGUAAUAAAAAGUAUGCUGAGGAACGACGUUUGAAUAUGCACAUAAAAAUUGUUCACCUUCGAGAAAAACCGUACAAAUGUGACUUAUGUCAUGAAUCAUUCGCUUCAUCAGCUUCAUUACAAAAACAUAUUGGACAGCGGCACACAGGCUUCGAAUGUCCAACUUGCCAUAAAGCAUUCUCCUCAACUCGCAAUUUAAAACGGCACAUGUUGUUGCAUGUAGAUGUCAAAGAAUUCAUUUGCAAUGAGGAAAAUUGCGGAAAACAAUUCGCUUCACCAGGCCUUCUAAGAGACCAUCGGCGAUGCCAUAGUGGUGCACUUUUGAUAUGUGAAGAAUGUGGCUACAGUUGCAGGCAACGUGAAUCUUUAAUUGUCCACAAACGUCAUCAUACUGGAGAGAAACCAUUUCGCUGUAAACUAUGCGAUAGUAGUUUUGGUUCGAAGCCCUUGUUGAAAGAACACAUGGCCACACAUGAAACAGAAAGGAAUCAUGUAUGUGAUGUGUGUGGAAAACGUUUUAAUCGACCGAAAGCCCUUUACCAUCACAAACACUUGCAUUUGGGUGUGAAAAAAUUUGUAUGUAAAAUUUGUGGUCAAGCAUUUGCACAGGCUGCUGGUUUGUCGGCCCAUACGCGUAAACAUAAAGAAGAAUCAUCUGGCAUAUUUUCCUCUGCACUAUCCAAUACUCCGCCGCCAGGCGUGAAUGUGUUUUAUAAUUUGUAGGAUAUGUAUUAUAGAAUAAAAUCUAAGAAACAUAAAGUAACUGUUUAA